AUGGCAUUCAACCAAGGCUAUCCAUUUGACCUGAAGAAGUUUCCAGAGGACGAUGACAUUCUUCUGGACGAAGAUGAUUUGACGAGAAAGAAUGUGCUUUACUGCCGCAAAGAAAUCCUCCAACAAAUGAAGUGCACUCAAUGGGCCAAGGACGAUUAUCUGGCUGCCGACAAGGACCCCGAAAAUCAUGCUCAGUGGAGACAUUAUCACUUGCAGAGAUGUUAUACUCCGUACAUGGAUGCACUUGGCUGUGUGGUCAAUUGGAGGGAUAAAGAAGUCCAAAAGAUGAAACGGGAGGCAGGUCCGGAAGGAUGGAAGAUUCUACAAGAUCGAUGGAUCCACGACGUGGCUCAAAAUGUGGGUGCCACCAAAGCCAAGCACUUGUGGGAAAUGUCCACCAACAUGAAGGAACUGUACGAACAAGCCAGGCAACGAGAGGGUCCUAUGUAUGGCGAACAACCACCACCACCAGGGACGUUCACACCUGCCAACAAUCCACAACAUGAUCAAUUAGAAUCCUUCUUGGCACAGGCCAAACGACGACAGUUGCAAAAGGAACAAGAACGAGAAGAAGUCAAGUCCCAAAAGUCGUUUUGGAGCUUUGGCCGUUAG